AUGCGCAAAACCGCCCUGAUCACUGGCAUCACAGGGCAGGAUGGCUCGUACCUGGCGGAGUUGCUGCUGAGCAAGAACUACUGCGUGCACGGCAUCAUCAGGCGCUCGUCGUCCUUCAACACCGCCAGGAUAGACCACAUCUUCGACAAGAUCCAUCUCCACUACGGUGACCUCGUGGACAGCUCCAACAUGGCCUCCAUCGUCCAGAGGGUCAGGCCCGACGAGGUGUUCAAUCUGGCGGCGCAGUCGCACGUCAAGGUGUCGUUCGAGGAGCCGGAGUACACGGCCCAGGCAGACGGCGUGGGCACGCUGCGGCUGCUGGAGGCCAUCCGCACCGCGGGCCUGGAGAAGACCACGCGCUUCUACCAGGCCUCCACGUCGGAGCUGUACGGCAUGGUACAGGAGAUUCCCCAGAAGGAGUCGACGCCCUUCUACCCGCGCUCCCCGUACGCCGUGGCGAAGAUGUACGCGUACUGGAUCGUUGUGAACUACCGGGAGGCGUACAACAUGUUCGCGCUGAACGGCAUCCUCUUCAAUCACGAGUCUCCGAGACGCGGCGGAACGUUCGUGACCAAGAAGGUCACGCACGACGUGGCGCUGAUCGCCGCGGGGAAGAAGGAGAAGCUGAUCCUUGGAAACAUCGACUCCCUGCGCGACUGGGGCCACGCCCGGGACUACGUGAAGGGCAUGUGGAUGUUCUUGCAGCAGGAGAAACCAGUCGACUAUGUGCUUGCCACGGGCAAGCAGUACAGCGUGCGCGACUUGGUGACCCUCUGCUUCGAGAUGGUGGAGAAGCCCAUCACUUGGCGUGGCGAGGGGCUCUCGGAGGAGGGCGUCGACGAGAAGUCGGGGCAGGUGAAGGUCCAGAUCUCGCCGAGGUACUUCCGGCCCACGGAGGUGGACACGCUGCUGGGCGACCCCUCCAAGGCCAAGAGGGAGGUGGGCUGGGAGCCCGAGUGCUCCUUCAAGGAGCUGGUCUACGAGAUGAUGGAGUACGACAUGAAGUCGUGCGGCAUGCCGCUCCCCGGCAGCGCGGCGGAGGUCGUGAAGCGGCAGGACAAGUGGCCCAUGCUCUGCUCGAUCGGCGUCUUCGCUCAACAGCAGCUCAGGUCCGACCGUAUCGGCGUUCUGUCCAGCGGAGUCGGGUCGAAGGUGCGCCGCGAGGAGAUCGCGGAGUACUUCUCGCGGUUCGGCGCCACCACAGACGUGUACGUCCCGUCGGUCCCCGGUGCGGCUUUCCACAAGGGGAUGGCCUUCGUCUCCUUCUCCGAGCCCGCGUCCCUGCAGCUUGCCAUGGGCAGCGGCCCCCACGAGAUCGGAGGACCGACAGGAGGUCGUCUUGGACGUGGCGGCGCCGAAGGGCGCGCCGCGCGGCGGGUGUGGCGGAGCUCCCCAGGUGCAAUACGUGCAGCAGCCGAUGCAGCAGCCGAUGCAGCAGUGCAAUACGUGCAGCAGCCGAUGCAGCAGCCGAUGCAGCAGGCCGCCCUGGCGCGGGCGCCCGCCGAGCAGGCCUCAGGAGACCGGACCGAAUCUUCGUUACAAAGGUGCCUCCGAACGUAG